CAGAAGAGGGAGCAGAGAGAGAGAAAGAGAGAGAGAGAGAGAGAGGGGGACAGACAGAGAUUAGUUUGAAUGUGUUUAGUUCAGCUCGCUGAUCGCACUAAAGGCGCGGUGCGCUCUGCCGGAUCUGUACCCGCUCCGUCCGCCUGUAGAUGGAAGUUUGGUAUCGGGCGGUGCGUGGCGGAAAGGGCUGGAUCGCCCCCCUCACUUCAGCUCCUGCACAAUGCGCGCUGCUCUGUUCGGUAUCGCUGUCGGUGUAGCGGCGUGGAGCUGAGCGAGGACCACCAUGGCCGAGCCGGAGCCUGCAGACACAGCGGGACCCGUCAGCGAGCUCGCCGUGGACGUGCGGGCUUACCUGUCCCCGCUGCCUGGUGAAGCAGGACACGCCGAGACGGUCCAGCACAGUAACGGAGGACACCGGAGCAGAGACAGUUCUGCAGAGAGACACCAGGCAGCCGGGAGCACACCUUGCGGCAUCAUGAAGAACACCUCCAAGCAGCGGCAGGUGAGAAAGAAGACCGUCUCCUUUAGCUCCAUGCCAAGUGACCGCAAGAUGAACAGCACCGCUGCCUGUAUGGCCUUCAUGUUGGAGGGCUGCGAGAUGAAGAAAGUUCGAUCCAACUCGCGCAUGUACAACCGAUAUUUCCUCCUGGACCCAGACCUGCGCUGGCUCCGAUGGGAGCCCUCGAAGAAGGAUUCGGAGAAGGCCAAGCUGGAGAUCAAGAGCAUCAAAGAGGUGCGGUUAGGAAAGAAAACCCCUGUCCUGCGCAGCAAUGGCCUCUCAGAUCAGUUUCCGGAUGAGUGCGCUUUCUCCAUCAUUUAUGGAGACAACUAUGAGUCUCUGGAUUUAGUGGCAAGCACAGCAGAUGUGGUGAGCACAUGGGUGAUGGGGCUGCGAUACCUGGUCUCAUACGGCCGGCACAUGGUUGGCGUUGUCGAACCCACCCAGACGAGCGUAAGAACGUCUUGGAUCGGCUCAGUAUUUGAACUAGCCGAUACUGAGAGGGACGGACACAUUGACUUGUUCCGCGCAACACAGAUUAUUAAGGGACUUAAUCCGGGUAUGAGGGAGUCACGGAUUGAGCUCAAGUUCAAAGAACUUCAGAAAGCCAAAGAUUGCUAUGGUGAGGGUAUUGACUCAGACUUGUUUGUGGAGGCUUAUUGUGAGCUCUGCACAAGACCCGAGAUAUUUUUCCUGCUUGUUCAGUUUUCUAGCAACAAGGAAUAUCUGGAUUUUAAGGACUUAAUGAUGUUUGUAGAAGUCGAGCAGGGAGUAGAGGGUGUGACGGAGGAUAUGUGCCGAGAGAUUGUGCGGAAGUACGAGCCAUCAGCAGAAGGUCGUAGCCUUGGCUUCCUGUCCAUUGACGGUUUCACGCACUACCUCCUGUCGCCCGAAUGCCACAUUUUUGACCCACAGCACAAAAGCGUUUGUCAGGACAUGACGCAACCCCUGUCUCACUACUACAUCAAUUCGUCACACAAUGCCUCCCUACUUGAGGACCAUUACUGGGGAUCCUCAGACAUCAGCAGCUAUGUCCGUGCCCUGAGAAUAGGUUGCCGCAGCCUGGAGGUAGUAGUGUGGGAUGGUCCUGAUUGUGAACCAGUUGUCUACGUUGGCAGCUCAGUGGCCUCCCAACUGGCCUUUUCCAAAGUAUUGGAUGUCAUUAACCAAUAUGCCUUUGAGAGCUCAGAGUAUCCUUUGAUCCUGUGCCUGGUGACGCACUGCAGCAUCCCACAACAGAGGGUCAUAGCCCAGCACAUAAAGAAGAUUCUGGGGGACAAACUGCACACCGAACCCCCAAGUCCAGAUGAUCACUACCUGCCUUCACCUGAACAACUAAAGGGCAAGAUCCUUCUGAAAGGGAAAUGUCUCCCACCGGACAACCAGGAUUCUGAAGGCGAGGUGACCGAUGAGGAGGAAGGGCUGGAGAUGUCACGCCGCAUGGUCGGCGCAGACGAGAAGGACCAUCUCAACGGCUUCGGCUACAAGCGCCAGCGACUGUGUAAGGAACUGUCUGAUCUCGUAACCCUUUGCAAAUCUGUCCAGUUCAGAGACUUUGAGUCCUCCAAAAGGGAACAGAAACAGUGGGAGAUAUGUUCCUUCAACGAGGUGGAUGCUAAUCGCUUCGCAAAUGAGUACCCUGAGGACUUUGUCAGCUAUAACAAGCGUUUCCUGUCACGGAUAUAUCCUACUCCUAUGCGCAUUGAUGCCAGCAAUAUGAACCCACAAGACUUUUGGAAGUGUGGUUGCCAGAUCGUGGCUAUGAAUUACCAGACACCAGGGCUGAUGAUGGACCUGAAUUUGGGAUGGUUUAGGCAAAACGGGAACUGUGGUUACGUCCUGCGGCCUGCAAUAAUGCGUGAGGAGGUCUCGUACUUUAGUGCCAAUGCUCGUGACUCUUUACCUGGUGUGUCUGCCCAGCUACUCCACAUCAAGGUGAUCAGUGGCCAAAACUUGCCAAAACCUCGUGGCUCAGCAGCAAAAGGGGACGUGGUCGAGCCGUAUAUCUAUGUAGAGAUCCAUGGCAUCCCUGCAGAUUGUGCUGAGCAGCGCACGAAGACCGUCUCCCAGAACGGCGACAAUCCGAUUUUUGAUGAAAGCUUCGAGUUCCAGAUCAAUCUCCCUGAACUAGCGGUGCUGCGCUUUGUGGUUCUCGAUGAUGACUUUAUUGGGGAUGAGUUUAUUGGCCAGUAUACCAUCCCUUUCGAAUGCCUGCAGCCUGGCUAUCGUCAUGUACCACUGCAGUCCCUUACAGGUGAAUUUUUGCCAAAUACCACGUUAUUUGUUCACAUUGCCAUUACGAACAGGCGUGGUGGGGGCAAAGCUCACAAGAGGGGUCUUUCAGGGAGGAAGGGCCGCAAGGCCAGGGAGUACACGUCAACUAAGGCCACUGGAAUCAAGGUAGUGGAUGAACUCUUCAGGGCUUCCACACAGCCACUAAGAGAAGCAACGGAUCUGCGGGAAAAUGUGCAGAACGCGUUGGUAUCCUUUAAGGAGUUGUGUGGACUGACCCCCGCGGCUAACAUGAAGCAGUGUAUCCUGGCUGUUUCCUCAUGGCUGCUGAACAGUGAGCGUUCUCUGCGUGUCUCUGUGGAUCUGAGUGGAUCGUACCCCACCAUGGAGGCUCAUGGGAUCGUCCCCGAACUACUGCGUAAAGUUCUUACUGCCUACGACACGAUGAUCCAGACAAGUCGGACUCUGAUUGAAUCAGCUGACAGUGUGUACUCCAAACUGACACAGUCACAGCGGGCAGGAUUGGAUUUUCAUGAAGACCUGCACAGAAUCGGUGCUAAAGAGGGUCUGAAGGGGAGGAAGCUGCAGAAGGCCAUGGAGAGCUACGCCUGGAACAUUACUGUACUCAAGGGUCAGGCGGACCUGUUAAAGCAUGCUAAAGCUGAGGCCAUAGACACUCUGAGGCAGAUCCACUGUGCCGCCCAAUCCUGCGGCCUGGCCAAAAACGGAGCCUCCACGUCGCCCUCUUCGCCUCUGCUCCCUCCUCAUCCACGCCCUCAUGGACCCUUACACAGCAUUCCUGAGACAGAACCCCCCACUACAGACCCAGCCACCCCACACUGACACACAGACUGAGAUCGAUAGAGAGACAGAUAGAAAAAAAGAAAGACGGAAUUACAGGGAUAAGAAAGAAAUGAUAAAAGAUUUUUGAAAUGCAGUAAUAAAGGUGCAGACACAAGUUGGCGUCCAGAUGUGAAGUCCACCAGUGGUUAGUGUGUACUAAACUUGCAGAUGUAAUAGCAUAAUUAAGCAGCUAUAAAGCCUCUGACUUUGCCUUUAACUGGAGCCGUGUAGGGAUUUGACACACCAAGCCAAAAUAAAAGAAGGCAGUUGUAGCUGGUUAAGGUUCUGGACUAGUAAUCAGAAGGUUGCUGGUUUGAACCUGACCAUUGCCAGGUUACCACUGUUGGGCCCUUGAGCAAGACUUUUAACUCUCAGUUGUCAAGACUGUAUACUGUAACUCGCUUAGGAUAAAAGCAUCUGCUAAAUGCCAUACAUUUAAACUAGUUCAUGCAUGGCCAUCUUAGGGAUUGAAGGGAUUAAAUAGUAAACACAUUAUUACCAUUUGAGUGUAUUUGGAGUAUGAAAAAUGUAGGCAAAUGAUAGUUUUACGAACCAUUUUCCAGCUCAUUUAGUUCUAAUAAAUGAUGCUUUUUUGCAAGCAAUGAGAGGAUACAUGGUAUCGUAUUGUAUAUGGCUGCAGUGUAUUGUUUCUACAGCAUCUGUUAGUCUGGGGUAACAGCUCCUAAUCCGAUCAUGACAGUGUGCACAAUAUCGUUUGUACAAUUCAGUUCUAGUCCAGAGAAGAGGAAAAUAUUAGAUACACCGUCUGCUCUCCUGAGUGUGUUAUAUGGUUCGUUUUUCUUUGUCUUUAUUGAUUUGCUUGGCUAAACAGGCAGGCAGUGUAUUCUGUCUCUGAGCGGGCAUCUGCCACUAAGCACGAGCAAUCAGGGAUGAAGGAUGUUAACAGUCGCAAACCGGUGGCAUCAGUGCAGACAUUCAGCCCCAAACUCUCAGUCGGCUUGGUGUGUUCCAGGGCGUUUACACUGUAACCAAAUAACAGAGGAUACAUGGAACUCUACUCCUAAACCUGGGCUGGUAUUUAUUAAGUGCAAUAAAUAUAAGUCUGAUAAUUGCAAAGACUGGUGUCAUAAAACAGUCACUUUUAGUCACUUUUAUCAUUUGAUGAAUACCAGCCUGGUCUAUAUUUUUACAUACAUUUAUCCUGUUUCACAUCCUUCCAUUUUUAGCUCACUGCUAACGUCUGCCCGCUGGUGGACUUUGUACUGUAGCAGCCAUUAGUUUGGCCCCCAGGUCUGCGUUUAAUAAUACAGAGAGAUCGAGCGAAGUCAUAAAUAUACUGAAGGAUAAAAGCACGGGUGGAAUAUGCCGAAUGCACACGUUUUAAACCUCGCAUCGCUGUUUUAUUUUACAUUUACAUCUUUCAUCCUUGCACUUUUAUUCAGGAUGCUGUGUGUGAAAAUGUUUUUAUGAAGUGACUAAACUGGAACUUUGAUUUCUCAAUUACAGGCGGAAAAUCUGUGAUGUCAAAAAAACCUUCAUACAGCAAAUAAUAACAACUGUAAAAUAAUCAAACCAGUCAGUUUAGAACUAUUUAAAAGUCUGUAACUUCUAGGUCAAAACAUUUCACACCAGGGAAAAUAUUCUGUAUGUGAACAAAGUGAAUAUUGUAUUAACUACUGUAACUAUUGUGGAUGGGUAUCAUUAAUAUUAUUUUAUAAUUCCUGUAUGUCCUGCUGUAACCAUGAUGCAGAUCUUACUGUAGGGCAAAAAGGUCAAUAUUAUAAAGGAGGGAGGGAGAGGGGUAGGUGUUAUGUCAUCUGUAGAAAUAUACUUUCUUUUAUUUCAUUUCUAAAGGAUGUAAUAUAUUAUAAAAGUAAAACGUCAUUAGAAA